AAAAGUCUCGACGCCCCGGAGUAGCCCCAGCUGCGGCGGCCUCCAGCCGCGCACGCAUCGCCGUCGCCAUCUCCACCGAUCCCUCUCCUCGCGCCACCCUGAUGGCCGCUGGUGGCGGCAGCGACGGCGGAGGGGACAUCGGCGCCGACUCCGAGCGGCGCCUCAAGAAGGCCAUGGACAAGCUCUACCACUUCCCCAAGCCCAAGCCUAACCCCAGCGCGAGCUCCAAACCCUCCUCCUCGUCCACUCCGAGCCCCAGCUCGUGGAGGGCGGCGGAUGCCGGGGGGAGGUUUGGGGUGGCGCGAGGGUCACGAAUCCCGCCGCAGAUGACGGCCAUGUCGGCGAUGUCUCCGCCGCCACCGUGCCGCCCGUGGGACCGACGCGACCUUAUACGGAGGCUCGCGUCAUUUAAGGCCAUGACGUGGUUCGCAAAGCCCAAGGUUGUUAGCCCUGUUAACUGCGCUAGGAGAGGGUGGACUAAUGUUGAGCCGGACAUUAUAACAUGCGAGGCAUGUGGGGCACGGCUCCUGUUCUCCUCUCCUUCCUCAUGGACACCACAGCAAGUUGAAAAGGCUGCUGCUGUUUUCAGCUUGAAGCUGGACACUGGACAUAAACUACUCUGCCCAUGGAUUGACAACAUAUGUGAUGAAUCACUGGCCUUAUUCCCACCCACACCUCCUCCUGUUUUAGUGGAGAAUUACUAUGAGUCCUUCUCCUCUCUGCUACGGCUUUCAGCACUUCCAAGAAUUUCUUGCUCUUCUCUUGAUAGCAUGAAGAAGAAAAAUCCACAGCUAGAGCAAUUUCUAUUGGAACCGUUCUCUUCAUCUGUUGUCCUUAAAGGGGGAUUUACGCUUACUGAAGAUUAUACCAUUAAGGAUCUAGAUGGCACUUUUCAAGAUGCUGAGAUAUAUUAUCAGGCACUGAAGAUAAUAAGUUUAUGUGGAUGGGAACCACGUCUACUUCACUAUGCUGUUGAUUGUGGAACCAAAUUUCACUCAGAUGCAAACUCUACCUCCAUACUGGCCCAACCAGAGCAAAUAAAUAACACACUGGAAGAUCGGAUUGUAAUUUACUCACGUAAGGAAGUUGAUGGUUCUCCAGCAAUUGCAGAUGCUAAUCAGGGAGAUCAACAUUAUGAUCCAUCAUCGGUUGUUUUAGAUUGUCAAUUUUGUGGAGCCUGUGUUGCCUUGUGGCGUUUUUCGCUUAUAGAGCGGCCUCUUCAACUUUUUAAGCUUGUAUCAGAUUCUAAUACACAAAAUGAGCAAAAUAAUGGGCAUGCCAACCUAAUCAGUGGAGUAGAACCUUCAAAGUCUGCAAAUGUUGGUUUUAAUUUCACCAUUGCUGGUGGUCCUCCGCCGACUAGACAGAGUUUUCGACCAAGAGUUUCAUUUCCUGUUGUCAGUCGACACUUGAAGGCUGACUUGAACUCCUGUGGAAAAUCAUUUUUAUCUGGAAGUGACAGCCACAUGGUUCCUGUUGCUUCAGCGGCCAUGAAACGCAAAAGAAGCAUGGAUGAGCCUCAUGUGUUGGAGGGCAUCAACACAACCUCCAGCGAUGUUGAUACAUCCGCUGAAGGGGCACAGCAUGAUCACGAAGGUGACAGUACUGAAAAGGACAUUGCAAACAUGGGAGUGAGCACUGAGCACAAACAAGGUUGUUCAUAUUCAGAUACAAGUAAGGAUACAAAUAUGGAAGAAAUUCUCAACAAAGAACCAGAAAGAGGUGUUGCCACAAGCAGAAGUCUAACAAGCACAAACUCAAAUCUUGAUCAACACAGAUCAUAUACGUUUUCAUCUGUUCAGGAUACAAGAGAAGAACCUUCUAAUGACCAGAACUCGGUACAGACACAUACAAACAAUUCCAAGCCAGUUCAGGUUGCAGCAAUGACAAAAUCGUCUAUCAACAUGGGAAAAGGUGUACAUCCAUCAGGAAAGCAAGGCUUGUAUGACGAAAUGAAUGAGUUUGAUCCUAUCAAGCAGCACCGGACAUUCUGCCCUUGGAUAUCCCCUGAUGACGGUAAAGCCUUGCCUGGAUGGAGGCUGACUCUUUUGGGGUUACUUGCUCGGGACAAAAAAACUGAUGGAGAUACGCAAGUAGAGGCUCAGAUCAGCCUUCUCAAUGAGGAGGAUGAUCCCGUUACAUCUGUUAGAAAGCUUUUCAUGACACCGCCUUCCAAGAAGCCAAGGACACAUCAGGCAGAGAAGAGCUGAAAAUUGUAAUGGCUUGUUUGAAAAUUUGGGUCAGGCCUGUGUAGCUAUGUCAAGAGAUGCAGCAAGACUACCAGAUUGAGGAAACAUAUAUUCCAAAAACUUUUAGGCACUGUACAAAAUGAUGGGACAGGAACAAGGAAAACAGGAGAAUUGUGAUUUGGAGAACUGUUCAGGACAAUAUUCAUCUCCUCGACCCUGUUUGUUUCACAUGCCUAUGUUGUCCAGAAUUUUGUAGCUUAGCAAUGUUGUCAUUUCCUGGAACUGAAACAUCUGAGUAUCCUAAUACUAGCUGAAAAUUAGAAUGCGAUUUUUUUUUAUUGCC